AUGCAAUCAGAAGCUAGAUAAAAAUAAAAGUUAGUAUUUUUAGGAAAUUCAUUUGUUGGCAAAACAAGUAUUAUUGAACGAUUUGUUUAAAAUACUCAUGAUCCAAAAUCUCAACCUACUGUUGGAAUAGAUUUUAUUAGUAAAAAUAUGAUUAUUGAUGGAAAAAAUAUGCGUCUGCUUUUAUGGGACACUGCAGGAUAAGAAAGAUUUCAUUCAUUGAUUCCUGGCUAUGUCAGAGAUGCAUAAUGUGCUGUAAUUGUUUUUGAUGUAACAUGUAAAACAUUUAUUAUAUUAUUAGCUAGACAUUCUUUCGAAAGCUUGGAUAGAUGGUUUAAUGAAGUUAAAUAAACUAGGGGCAAUGAAGCUUUGAUUGUCAUUUUAGGAAAUAAAAUAGAUGCAGAAAGAAUUAUUAGUUCAUAAGAAGCUAGAGAUUAUGCCAUGAAAAAAGAUAUUCUUUAUUAUGAAGUAAGUGCUAAAACAGGUAAGGGAAUUGAAGAAGCUAUGGAAUAAAUUUGUCUAGCUUUACCAACUGAUCAUUCUUUUCUUAUAACAUAAUCAUAAGGUUAUCUCAUUUUCAAUUAUUUUUAUAGUAAACUAAUCAUAAUUUGAACAAUAAACAGUGGUUUCCAACAGAAAAUCUGUUCAUCAGGAUUAGAAUGGAUUUAAAUAGUUGUAACAACCAUAAACAACUAAAAAUAAUCAAUGUUGUGCUAAAUCUUAAUGA